CUUAUUGGCCAGGCAAAUCGGAGCCAAAUUGGAACCCCCCUCGGCCAAUCACGUCUCUUCGCUGGUUCCAAUUUCACUGAAAUUGGAACCUCGAUUGACCAAUCAGGUGGCCCCUACGUUCCAAUUCUGACAACCGGCCUCGACCUCGUUUUGCGUCAUGACACAGCCCGACUUUGGUAAUGGUGGACGCUUUUCCUCGCUUCGCAACUUUUGACGGGCCGUGCAGCUAAACAAGAGGACGAUCUCAAGAUGAAUCCAGUUUUUACUAGACUUAGCAAUAGACGACUUAGACUAGCAGAUUCAGUAGAAGCUAGAUCAGUAGAAAGUAGGAACAAGAUAGCACCUGUAGUGAAGAGCUUGAGUGGGAAAGAGGUGGCAGCAAAGGCUGAGGCAUCUGUGAGGGAGAAGGGGGGUGAUCCCAGGAAUCGCACUGCUGUACUGGGGCAGCAUGUGCUGCAGUUUGGUAAAUACAGGGGCCAGACCUUCCUGUGGCUGCUAGAGAACAGCCUUGGUUAUGCUGCCUGGAUUGUGUCCUCGACAGGCAAGGAAACCAAGACAGACACACCUCUCAGUGAGAAUAAAUUUAGUUUGAAGGAAUACAUGGAAUCCUUUCCUGAGGGAAAAGAGGCAAUUGAAUUGAAGAAAGAAGAGCAGCUGAAGAGGCGUGCAGCAGUUAACCCAGGGGUUGUGAAGCUGCCACGCCUUGAUGCACCAAACAUUGUAGAAGAACAAGAGGUGACUGACGAGGAAUUGCUGGCAAUUCCAGAGCCACAGGCAACAUCAUCAGCUAUUUCCACCUCCACGAGGGAUUUACAAGCCAUGACAGUCCGGCGCAUGCAGGCACGUGCGUCGGCAUCCCAGAUGGAGGCAGAAACAGAGGUGACCCUGCCUAAGGGAUGGCAGAACACGCUGCCCCCCCCUGAUCAGGCUUGGCUGGCCAAGGUCCUGUUCAGGGUAAAUCCUGUCACUGGAAAGCGGGAGCUGGCUCCUAAGCUGACCAUGUGGCAUUAUCCACCAGAGCCCCUGCAGGUCCACGGGGUUCCUCCAUCUUCCCCAGAUCCCUAUUUUCUACGACCGUUUUUCCUGUGGGCACCACUUCGAGUGUGGAACCUGAAGCUGAAAUGCCACCCAGAGUGUGUUGCGAAGCAGGCAGCAAAGAAGACCACGUAUCACCUCACUCUGGCAGGGCUCUACCAAACAGUCAGAAAAGUACUAGAUGUAGAUGGCUGGUACUAUAUAGGAUGCGAGUACCUAGAAUGCAAAUUCUGCAAAAGGAAGUUUGCAAGCUGGUCCCCCCUUGUCCUUGACCAGCUAGACCUGGGGCGUAGAAGCUACUUUCCAGCUAUGCUGACAUUUAGGUACACAUGCGACUUAAAGGUGGUGCGACUCCUUAGACAGAGGACCCUGGGCAACUCGGCCACCAAAGUUAUGCACCAGGUUGAGGAGCAACACCGAGAGGCACAUGCUCUCCGGCAGCUAAGGUAUCUGCAGGCUCGGGAGUCAUUCCAGGCAGCUGGGCACAUGGUGACGGUUUUCCCUCCCAGUGCUCAGCUUCCAGUGAUGCCUCCUGUUCCCAAAGUGCCUUGGUUGCUGGGAGUAUACCUCAAGGAUGUGUUCACCAGACUAGAUGACAACAAGGCACAAAUCACAUCAACAUUUGGUGACGUAUUAAAAAUGGAUUCAACUAAGAAAGUUGCCAAAAAGCUUGGUGGACAUGCGCGUGGCACGGCAUCUUGGGUGACCAAUGUGGGGAAUGAAUUUGGCCAGGUCCUCAUGUCUGUCCUUACCGAUUCAGAAGGCAUUGGCUUGGAUGUGAUGGCAGAGGGUCUUAUGGGUAGGUAUGCAGCAGCAGGAGUUCCACCUCCUUCACUGUUGUAUGUAGAUCGUGACUGUUGCUCUGAGAGACUUCGCUUGUCUUUCCACCAGUGGGAGUCACUCAACAUUAGAUUGGACAUUUGGCACUUCAUGCGUCGUAUUGCAGCUGCCUGCACCUCUGAGAGUCAUGCUCUAUAUGCCGCUUUCAUGGGUCGCCUGUCAGGGUGUAUAUUUGAGUUUGAUCCAGAGGAUGUGGCGCGGCUACGUGCGGCAAAGGAGGCUGAACUCCUCUCUAGUGGUGUGUGGCGUGCUUCUGAAGCUGAUCUUGAUCUUCAUAUUACCAAGAAAGAGCUUCAGUUGCACUGCAAGCGUAGAACUCGAGGGGUUGAACAGACUCGAUCCCUCAUAGACAACCUGCUGUCCUCCUUCUCCUCUGAGUCUGGCAAGGACACCAUGGGUAUACCUGUGCUGGAUGCAGACCUAGCAGCCCAGAUCUGGGAGGAGCAAAAACGCCAUUUGUCGUGUAUUCAGGAUCUUGAGGGCAAGAACCUCUACACGCAAACCAGGACACUGAAAAAGGGAGGCAUUGAAUUGCCCAUCUACCGCUGUGCAAGAGGCUCUGUAUCCUUGGAAUCCUUUCACAAUCACAUCGUCAGAUUCAUACCAGGUACAGUCGCCAACGACAGCCAUUUCCAGGCAUACCUUUUGGAGGGCAUUGUGCGUUGGAACAAAGACAGGGAGCAGGCUGCACAGGGGCGGGAAUCUGGGCACUUCUACAACAGUGCUGUUCAGCUGGAACUGAACAGAGCCAGUGCCCAGGUGUAUGGUGAGCCUAUCGACCCCUCUUUCCGUCCUCCUUUACAGUACACUGGGGAAAUGAUAGGGGUGGAGUACCUGUAUAGCCAAACUGGUAGACGGUGGACCUCCACAGUAGUCCUUGAUCCUGACACAGUGGACGACAUCAAGGAGGACGAAGAAGAGGAAGAUGAGGGGUAUGAGGAAGAUGAGGAGCAGGAUCCCACUGUUGGGAUCUUAGCUCAGAGGAGAAGGAAAGCUGAUGACCCGGUGGAGGGGGAGAGUGGAGAUACUCAUGACCCAGAAGCAAAUAGAGGGAUGGAUGAAGGUGAUGUGCCACAUGGGGAGGAAGUGGCUGGCCACGACCCUACCCAUGAAACACAGAGCACAGAGCAAUCAGAAUCCAUUGGACCAAAAGGAGUGGUGGGAUGGAAGGCCAUCCAAGAUCUAGCAAAGGCCUUGUUUGCUCUACAUAAUGCACCAACUAUGACAGAGGCUGCAGCAGACAACCUGAUAUCUCUCUGGGGGAAACUGCCUGCAGGAUUACGUGAUGAAAGGGUGCAGUACCCAUCAAGAUAUAGAGCAGACACACAACACUCUGGUCGGUUCAGAAGAAAGAAGCCCUCCCCCAAAAAGCAGUCAGGACAACAGGGAAUUGUGAGCUUGAGAAGAGCAAUGGUGGGAGCAUCAGCAGGCCCUGCCACAGCAGUGGAUGCUUCUCCACUGGUAGAAGCUUUAUGUGUUCACCUUGAGCGUAACAGCCCAUCGCCUAAAAAGCAGCGUGGACGACAGUCGGCAUCAAGAUGGAAGGUGAUCCUGGAUAAAUACCACCACAUCCGGAACCUUGUCACCUUGCAUGAUAGACUGAUGAGCCAAACCAACAUCCAGCUGUAUGAAAUCAACCAGACGACACUGCUGAAAUGGUGGAAUGACAGGCAAAAGGGGCUCGAAAAAAAGGUCCUGCUGCAAGGCUUGCCUCCACCUCCUCCUUUGAUGGCAAAGGAGAAGCUACUGCCUGCCCUCCGGCGUCCAGUGAGCCCAAAGGCAACACCACCAGCACCCACAGAGCUCCUUCCAAGGCUGUUGCCCCAGCCCAGUGCCCCUGUUCAUGUCUUUGCCAGCAUACCAUCUGUAGCACCCCAGGUGAAGGUAACAACACCAAGUCCACAGGGUGAAGAAAAGCUGCCAAAGUCCACACUAUUUUACCAGCGUAAGAUGGCAGCAGCAGGAGAAGGGAAGAGGAGAUAUGCAAAACAUGCUGCAUUUACAAAAUGCAAACGCUGCAACCAGGCAAAGCGUAAAGAAACUGGGCACAGUCGUCACCUAGGACAAUUAGGUCUUGAUGAGUUCUGUCCUGCCGUCGAGGGUACCCAGUAUCCAAGUGUUCAGGCCUGGUUGGCAGCAAGGAAGUUGGUAAACCCUCCCAAGCCAAGGAAGACAUAGGGCUCUGCAACUUUGGACUUAUGUAUAUAAAUGUGUAUAUAAUUUAUUUUACUUAUUUUUAAAUUAAUUGCAUAGCUCAUUUCAAGGCAUAUUUAAA